GUAUGUGGUAGAAUGUGGAUCGCUUUGCAAAUAUUUAACCAGUUUUGUUCAUUUCGCAUUUGUCGGUAAUGGUGAAAAGUGUUUUGGUAUUUCGAGAAAACAAUUCUAACGAAACUAUACGCCUUUAUCUCUUAUUAAUUAGAUUUAUAUGAAAAAGGUUCCCUCAUUUUCGAGACUACGAGACAGUUUCGAUUGUUGAAGUUUUUGGUUAAUUUAUAAGAUAACUUGUUAAAUUAUGUCUUCGCAAAUGGGAACACCCAAAUUUUUUGGCCUAUAGUCGUGGUACAGCAUGGUAUAUUUGGUUUUGCAUUAAUAUUAGUAAAAUUAUAAAAAUGAAAUGGUUUUCUUUUGUGAUGAAGGAAGUGGUACAUGAAAUUUAAACAUGAUUUUUUUUGUUUGUGUACAUAUUAACAUGCAUUUGGUGCAUCUAAUUGAACAAGGCGAAACACCUUUGUGAAUGUUCUUAAGUGUAUGUAUGUAUAUGAGCAUCAGAAGUUUUUAGUGUGCCUUUAUGCCAUACAGGUAUAAUUAUUUUUUGACUAUAGUAUAUAUUUUGUUUGAAAACAAAUAAGUGAAGCAGACACGUUCAUCAUUUGAUAAAACGAACAGGUGGUGCGCACUCACAUGAUUGGAGUAAAAUCGGAUAAUUGUGAAUCUGCUGAAAUUCCAACUCCAAUUAUUUUUAGCCUUGAUAAAUUUGUGAACGUGCCCUUUUAUGUAAAGGCUUAGUUAUGUCAAUGUGUGGUAGUGUGAGUUGGUCUCAUAGUUUACUUUGUCAAAGUAAAUUUUCAUAAGAAAAUACAGCAACACUGUGCUAGGUACUUGAAUGUAGAAUGUAUAUAGAUUGCUAUAUGUAAGUAUGUGAAUUUGUACCAAACUACGCUUAGUCAAAUGUGUCAUCAGUAGAAAUGUAAAUUUUGUUAACUCCAUUAAUAAAGUUUUAUUCAGCAUAUAAAAAGUAUAUUACGGAUAAAAUAACCAUGUUCGGUAGUUGUAACCAGAUAUAAUAUUGAUGUUAAUAGUGAACUCGCAACUUUUGGUACUGAAAUUUUGUUUGCACGUGAACAUAUCUACCUAUGUUUUGUAUAUAAAAAUCUCUAUAUAUACUAUAUAUAUUUGUGACCAAAAAUUUAAUAUUUGGAAAUGAGAGGAUGUAUCUAUAAUGUAAUCAGCCCUACAUGAAUAACAUUAAUGUUCCUUCCUAGUAUAUUUUAACAUACCCAUGUACAUGUAACGGAAAUAUUUUUCAAUUGGAUGGUUCGUUAAUACAAGAAAUUAAAAAGUCAAUUAAAAUGCAUAGAAGAAAGCGAUUCAGAACAAUAAGAGAUGUUGGAAAGAGAUGUUAUUUAACUUCAGCAUAGAAACAAUUCAACGAAAAGCCACUUUCUUAUAAUGUUCUGCCGUCCAUAUUGGCAAUGGCGAAAUAAGGAAACGAAAAUUAUGGCUAGAGCAAAAUGGAAGCGAAAAUAACAGUGAGAUAAUUGAAAAACAAAUUAAAUGAAAAAUUUACUGAGGUGUUAAUGAUAUAUAUUCAUAUUGCAUUUUAAAAUACUGACAAUAAAUGUGAUAUUAUUUGUGUAUUAAACGGAAAUAAAUGCAGAGUUCAUUGAAAUAUAUAAUACAUAAACAUCGAAGACAAAUGAGAAAAAUUACUUUGUUACUUAGUAAGGCUAAAUUUCGGUAAAUUACACGAACAUCUGCUGCCGAGAUUGCUUGCAAGUCGAUACGAACACCAAUGAACUUACUGUGCUGCUGCUGUGGUAAUAUGGCGCCGAACACGAGGAUAACUCGGAAAUGGGAGUUAUUUGCUGGGCGCAAUAAAUUUUACUGCGAUGGAUUAUUGAUGUCCGCACCACACACGGGCGUUUUUUAUUUAACUUGCAUAUUGAUAACGGGAACCAGUGCACUCUUUUUUGCAUUUGAUUGUCCGUUUUUGGCUACACGUAUAAAUCCUAUCAUUCCUAUUGUUGGUGCAGUGCUUUACUUCUUUACAAUGAGUUCCUUGCUACGAACAACCUUUACAGAUCCUGGUGUUAUACCCCGUGCUUCUUACGACGAGGCUGCCUAUAUAGAAAAGCAGAUUGAAGUGCCAAAUUCUCUGAAUAGCCCGACAUAUCGGCCUCCGCCACGCACAAAAGAGGUCCUUGUUAAAGGACAAACAGUGAAAUUGAAGUAUUGCUUUACUUGUAAAAUAUUUCGACCCCCACGUGCAUCGCAUUGCAGUUUAUGCGAUAAUUGUGUUGAUCGGUUCGAUCAUCACUGUCCCUGGGUUGGUAAUUGCGUGGGGAAACGAAAUUAUCGUUUCUUUUAUUUAUUUCUAGUCUCGUUAGCAUUUUUAGCGGUAUUUAUAUUUUCAUGCUCUGUGACUCAUUUAGUUUUAUUGAUGAAAGCAGAACAGGAAAUAUUUGAGGUUAUAAAAAAGGCGCCAUUUACUGUGAUUGUUGUUUUCAUUUGCUUCUUUUCGAUUUGGUCAGUUAUUGGUUUGGCAGGAUUUCAUACCUAUCUGACAACCAGUGAUCAAACUACGAAUGAAGACUUGAAAGGAUCGUUUUCUUCUAAAGGGGGUCAGCGUUCUAUAAAUCCAUAUUCGCGAGGAAACAUCUGUCUAAAUUGUUGUCAUAUACUUUGCGGACCAAUGACUCCAUCAUUAAUAGACCGUCGGGGAAUUGCAACGGAUGAUUAUAUUCUACAAAUGCAACAACAUUCUAGUCCACGCCAUCCUUUAAGCGACGUGAUGAGUGCCUCUCACGUAGGCUCAAGUGGAAUGGUUACGGCCCAACCAGUAAUUGCAGGAGUAAGUGGCGGUAUUAACGUUGGGGCCAAUGAUAUUAAAAACCGCCUUUAUGAAGAGUCUAAUCCCUCUUCGGCAACAUUAGGGGCUAGUAAUGGAAUAUAUCGACCACGGAGUUAUGAUAAUCUACAAAACGGAAAUUCCAAUAGCCUUGCGUAUUUGGUAGACAACGAAAUUCCCCUUUCACAGAUGGACGUACCACAAACACAAACUGCACAAAUGCAACGGCAAUUUCGUCACCAUAAAGAUCGUGUACAAACGAGUUCCUCAGAUAGCAAUAAUAUUAUAAAUAAUUUUGACAGUAACGACUGCAGUCCUGACGAUGUAAUCGAAAUUGUCGGUAAAACGGAGGUUGUAGCUGCUGUGGCAGCAAUUGCUGCUACAAGUCAAGCUCGUGAACGCCAGAAUCGUUCGGACAGCUACAAUAACUUAUUUUAUACGGAAAGUGGUCCCGCUAAUAUAAAAAUCAAUACAUGUACAAACCCAAUAUUACCAUCGAGUGUUUCGGCUAUUGAAAGUUUAGAUAAAGAAUCAUCCGAUCUUCCGCCAGAAAAUAAUGCAAUUAAGCUGUCUGUAAGUAUUGACAUGAAAGAUUCUAGAGAAUUGCCAGAACAAACUGAUUCAGCAAAUGAAAAACAGAAAUCCAACUUGUUAAAACCAAUAUCCCAAUUAGAAAAUCUGUAUAGCAACGUCUUACAAAGUGGUGCUCCGUGUGCUAAACAUGUAGAUAGUAACGCCAGUUUACAUGUGUACUCAAAUUUAAUGGAUGAACAAAAGCAACACGAAUUAACGCUACAAAUGAAUAGAGAACAUAAGCAAUUGACGCAAAAAAGUAUUACAUCAGCCGGUGUAAUGUUGUCGUCGGCGUUAUUAAAUGACGAUUUAGACUUGGACGACCCAGUUAGUGCAUCAUUUGUUGCACAAGAAAACGUUGACUCCAGUUUUUUAUCUGGCAAUGGUAAAGUGUGUGAUGGCUCUAUGAGUGGUCUAAACCGUUUACGUAUGCUAAAUAAUACGACCAUGAUAAAUACGGCACUUGAUUUGGACAGCUUGGACGGAUCUAGCUUAGGUAACAAUUCUCAAUCGUGCUUAGUUAAAGAAGCUCCUCCAUUAUCCUAAGCUUCAAAUCGUCAACCACGAGAACAAAAUAGAUGCAUAUACAUCUAUACUAAAAAUUGAAAGUGUAUAAGUUGAUAGUUUAAAUUUUUUAUUUUAAUUUACAUAGGCUAAGAUUUAAUCAAACUGCAAUGAAGAUUUACGUACAUUUACUAUACGGCUUAACUCGCACAAAAACUGAGAAAACUACAAAUUAUGUUGUACAUAUUUUUAAUUAAAUUGAGUAGCUUGACAUGUCUAAUGAGUUCAUGUAUUUUAAAACCAAGUUGUAUUACUUACAUAAACUAAAGGUACUGCCGCUGUCACCACUGACUAUGGCUAUAUGACUCUACCCCAUCACCAAACACCAACUAUUGGUUUUAUAAUUCUGUUAUCAUCAUUACUUUUAAAGUCAAAAUCGGCCAUGCAUAAUUUUCAAAAUCUAGAAUAAGUUUCUGAGCUGGUGACAGAGGAAUUUUGAAAUGAAGUACGAACACAUAUGUUCCAAUUUGAUUUACACAUAACCAUAGCUGUAUCUGUUAUGUAUGUAAAUGCUUUUGUAUGCAAUUAUUGUAAAAAUUAGUUUUAGCUUUGAAUGCGUAGCCUUGAGGAUUUUAUAUUCCAUUUUGAAGUGAACAGAGAGAACAUAAAGCAGCUUGUCAAUGAGCGUGCUAGAACAAAGCCAUAAUGAGGUACUUGUGCUUUCUUAAACGCUAUAUUUUUUAACAGCAAGAGGUUGGUUACUUAUCAGUGUAAAUAAUUUCAAAAGAAAAUACCAAUUUUAAUGUGUUUUAGUGUAAAUUUCUAAACAGUUUUCAUAAAAACAGCAAGAAACUGCUAGCUCCGGUUGUAGCGUAAAAGUACAAUGGCAUAUUUAUUAUUGCCGUUAGUUUAGUGCUAAGUGUUAAUGUUAUUGUCAUAUGUUUAAUUAAGUUGAUUUUAUUGAGGGAACCAGAUUUUACCGUAUUUUUUUACGAUAUUUUUAAGCACAGAUUAUGUGUCUAAAAGACAAUAAUUAUAUAUGAGUUGAACUAACGGGCAUGCAGAUGAAUUGGCAAUGGUAGUUGCAAUCAUCAAUUCAUUCAUUCGUGGCACUUUAUAAUAACUACGGCUUGAGUUCAUUGAACAACUUGUGAAAUCCUAGAAAAUAAGUUAAUAAUAAUGAGAGGUUAAAUGGCUGUGCCUCAUGAUAACCGUAGGUACGAACUAAGCUAAAUUAACAAAAAUUGUUCGUGGGAGUUCAGGUGCACAAUUUUUUUAUUAAAUUAUAGUUUAUUUUGAUUACUUUUAGAUGUUAAAAUGUAGAAAAUAUACGCGAAUGAAAUCCAGAAAUUGCCAUUAAAAUAUGGAAGGUACGUAAAGGUAUUUAAGAUUUUAUAUUGAACAAUAAAAUGUCAUUUAAGAUUGUAAAUAAAAUAAAAAGUAAACAAACGCAUAUAUAUACAUGGUAAACCAUAAAAAAGAAGGAAUAAGUAAAUCAACCUGAUUAGUUAUAAAAGUUACUAUUACUAUUAUUGAGAUGUUAUAAAGUUGUGUUGCCGUGUAAAAGAUUAUUACAUAAACUCGUUACUGUAACUAGGUGAGAAUGUGAAUACUAUAAUGAAUAAAGCAACGAAAACUCUAACAUAAAUA